AUGGACGAACUACUCUACCUGAUGAACGUUGGCUGGAUGGUUCUUACACAGCUAUUCCUGGUGUGGCGACUGUUGCUAUGCACGUUGGCGCUGAUGCUGUUAGGUCCCAUGGCGAUGCUGUACAUAUAUGAUAUCGGACUGUACGCAUGGAGGUUGCUCACUUCGCGCAAACCGCGCGUGAGCGAGUCGUUAGACGAGUGCGAGACGAUGCUGGACCCGCUGACAGCGGACACAGACACGAUCCUGGUGAACGUGGACGAGGGCUUCUACAGCGAUUCGGACACCGCCGGUAGUUGCGAUGAGCACGACCCGGCUGCAGUUGCGGCCGAGUCGGAAGCGUCGCUGGCGCAACGCCAGCCACGGUCCACGCCAUCUGCGGGCUCGUUCACGCGGCUCACAGACCUUAUUGCCGUGACCUUUUCCACGGGGUCCGACUCUGGCAGAAUGGAAAACUACGAGCACGAGGUCAAGUUGAUCUCUGGCACGGCUUGA